AGUGCAAAACAUAUAUAUACAUAUCUACAAUCUACUUCACAUGCAGCUGUAACCUAUUUAAUAUUACUGCAGACAUCUUUCUCUACACCAUGGCCGGUAUAUUACCAGCCAGUAAUGGCUCUCUCAGGUUUGCCACCAUGCUCCUGCUUGGGCUCUUUGCUACAGCUACCCUACACAGAGCAGGGGCUCAAACCGGUGUGUGUUACGGGAUGGACGGUGAUGGGUUACCACCAGAGCAACAAGUUGUACAACUCUACAACCAGAAAAACAUCCGAAGAAUGCGAAUUUACUAUCCGAACCAAGCAGUUCUCCAGGCCCUCAGAGGCUCCAACAUUGAGCUCAUGCUUGGUGUGCCCAACACUGACCUUCAAAAGGUUGCCUCAAGCCAAGCCAACGCAUACUCAUGGGUCCAAGCCAAUGUCAAAAACUACGCCAAUGUCAAGUUCAGGUACAUUGCUGUUGGAAAUGAAGUUAGUCCUCUAAAUGGUGCCACGGCCCAAUAUGCCCAGUUCCUCCUCCCUGCCCUGAGGAACAUCUACACUGCAGUUUCUGCGGCUGGGCUCGGAAACCAAAUCAAAGUUUCCACCUCGGUCGACACCGGGGUGAUCGGGGUUUCUUACCCUCCAUCAAAAGGGGCAUUCAAGUCUGAAAUAAGGUCAUUUCUGGACCCAAUCAUUGGGUUUUUAGCGACAAACCGGGCGCCCCUACUAGUUAACUUGUACCCUUAUUUUAGCUACAUUGGUAACACCCGUGACAUACGUCUUGACUAUGCUCUAUUUACUGCGCCUUCCGUGGUGGUAACUGAUGGAUCACUAGGGUACAAAAACCUUUUUGAUGCCAUUUUGGACGGCGUUUACUCAGCACUAGAGAAAGCGGGAGGAGGCUCCUUGGACAUCGUUGUGUCAGAGAGUGGGUGGCCUUCGGCAGGGGGAACAGCUACCAGCAUUGACAAUGCAAGGACAUACAACCAAAAUUUGAUACAGCAUGUUAAGGGUGGGACUCCAAAGAAGCCUGGAAAGCCCAUUGAAACCUAUGUGUUUGCUAUGUUUGAAGAGAGCAGGAAAAGCCCAGAGUAUGAAAAACACUGGGGGCUCUUUCUCCCAAAUAAGCAGCCUAAAUACCCAAUAAAUUUCAACUAAGGGAGGCCAAGGCAGACUGAUGAAGUGUAGUAUUUGGAAUAAGGAGCAGUUUGGCUAUGUAUUUGUACCUUAAAUAAGUUAUUCUCAACUACAAAAGGUUGCAGGAGAACUUUUAUGUAUUGGUAAGAGAAUGCAAGAGGCAAAGACUACUAAAUAACAGAAAAUUACUGCUACAAUUCUCUAA